UUAAACACACGCAAAACAGACCUCAUAUCUUAUCAGAUCAUCACCCCAAUCCGUCCUAGCCCCAAACCCAGUGAUGACGCUCAUUCCAUACUGACUUGAUUCAAUUCCCGCAAAUAAUUCCCCUCCUCCGCUCCGUCCAUCACCUCCCCUCCCACUCCAGUCGCAACCAAUCCCGAAUAAAUGGCCGGAACAAAACGCACAUGGGACGGCAAACAACUCUCACUCGAAACCAACAAACCCAACGACCAACUCCAAAACCAAAACCAAAACCAAACAAUGUCCGACCCAUCAACCCAAAUACUCUCCAUCUUCUCAACCUUCCGCAACGAACUAGACGAACACCACGACCGCCGCGAAAGACUCAUCAAAAUCUCCCGAGACAUCACAGCCCUAAGCAAGAAGAUCAUCUUCUCCCUUCAACGGAUCCGAAAAAUCGCCACCCCAAUCCCCCCGCACAUCGUAAAAGAAACCCAGUCCCGCUUCACGCAAAUCGAGUCCCUUUUCACCUCCGCCGUGCCCGACAUAACCGGCCCGAAUAAAUGGCGCUACCAACGCCAACUCAGCGGCGCGAUACAGGAGUUUAUCGAAGCACUUUCUUUCCACCACUACCUCGAGCAUCAGACGCUUAUUUCCUUGUCUGAGGUGGCUGGGAAACUGCCCACGGAGAUACUGGUUACGGAGGAGGAUUAUGUGAUGGGGUUAUUUGAUUUGACGGGGGAGAUGAUGCGGUUUGCGGUUACAGCGUUGUCAGCGGGGUCGGGUGCUGCGGAAGGGGGAGAGAAGAAGGGGGUUUUGAGUAGGGAACAGGCGGGGAUUGUGGUGGAUUUGCAGGAGAUGAGGGCGCUGUUUGAAGGAAUUAGUGUUCCGAGGAGGCAUUUUAUGAUGAAGGAUUUAGGGAAGAAGAUGGAGGUUAUGCAGGGGAGUGUGGAGAAGGUGGAGAGGGCUGCUUACGGGGUUUUGGUGCGUGGGAGUGAGAGGCCGAGUGGGUGGAUGCCGGAUCUGUCGGGGGAGGUGGAGGGGUAUUAAUUAGUAGGUUGUUUUAUUUGAUCAGAUAGCAAGGGAGAGGAGAGGUACUCUAUAUAUGUAUAUAUAAAAUAGUUGAGUUUGUCCUGAACUAAGCUAGCUAGCUAGCUACAUUUGACAUAUACGCCCCAUUUCGGAAGAUGAGAUUUAUGUUACCUGAAGCUUGUACUGUACCGUCCAUUACAUACUGUCGACCUUGGAGAAAAGAUAUCGUCAAGCAUAACCCGUAAAAUCCAUCCAUGUGCUCCGUCAAAACAAGU